ACAGCCAUGGAGAAGCUAAAGGUUCUGUUUGCUGUUGUCUUGUCUCUGGGAACGGCCUCAGCCGCCUCUCUUGGAGUGGUACAAACAGAAGGUGGUGGUGUUCAGGGAAAGAAUAUCCCCCUCGGUCUUUUCCGCUCUGUCGAUGUUUUCAAAGGGAUUCCCUUCGCUGCCAGGCCUGGAACCUUUGAGAAACCCAAACCUCACCCUGGCUGGGAUGGCAUACUGAAGGCAACAAAGUUUGCGAAGAGAUGUCUCCAGAUCAGCAUGCUCCAGACUUCAAGCUUUGGUAGCGAAGACUGCCUCCACCUCAACAUCUGGGUUCCUCAUGGCCGACAAGUGUCAUCAGAUCUCCCAGUCAUGAUUUGGUUUUAUGGAGGAGGCUUCAUGGUCGGCGGUUCUAUGGGGCCAAAUUUCCUCAACAACUAUCUGUACAGCGGUCAGGAAAUUGCAGACAAGGGCAACGUUAUUGUGGUGUCUGUGGGAUAUCGUGUGGGAGUACUGGGCUUCCUCAGUACUGGGGACUCUCGCUUACCUGGAAACUAUGGUCUGUGGGACCAGCAGGCCGCCAUCGCCUGGGUGCACAGGAACAUCCGCUCAUUUGGAGGAGACCCUGACAACAUCACCAUCUUUGGAGAGUCUGCAGGUGGAGCUAGUGUCAGCUUCCAGACUCUGUCUCCCCAUAACAAAGGGCUGUUCAAGAGAGCCAUCUCCCAGAGCGGUGUUGCCUUCUGCCCAUGGGCUAUGAGCAGGAACCCACGCAAGGUUGCAGAGGAGGUUGCUGAGAAGGUCGGCUGCCCCACUGAUGACACGAUGGUGGCCUGUCUGAAAUCGACUGAUGCUGAGACUCUCACCAUGGCUGCCCCCCACAUCUCACUUAGCAGCCCAGACAAUCCUGCUGUGAAAAGCCUGCUUCUGUCUCCUGUCGUUGAUGGAGACUUCCUCCCUGAUCAGCCCGCUAACUUGUUCCACAACGCUGCUGAAACUGACUACCUCUUGGGGGCUAAUAACAUGGACGGACACCUCUUCACCUCAAAGGACAUCCCUUCCCUUGGUAACAAGAACCGAGAGACUCCCGUAGAAGAUGUGAAGAGGCUCCUCGCUGCUUAUACCGAAGACAAGGGCCAAGCUGCUGCGGAGAUCGCCUUCACUGAAUACUCUGCCAACUGGGGAUCAACACCCAGCCAGAACACUAUUAAGAGAACUGCUGUGGACAUUGGGACUGACUACAUCUUCCUGGUUCCUAUACAGACUGCCAUCUACCUGCAUGCUGCAAACGCCAGGUCUGGUCGUACCUACUCCUACCUGCUGACUGAGCCCAGUUUAAUGGCCGGACCAGGCAAACCUUACCAUGACUGGGUGGGAGCCGACCACGCUGACGACCUGCAGUAUGUGUUUGGCAAACCCUUCACCACGCCAAAGGCCUAUGGGGACAGACACAGAGACCUCUCUGGCUAUAUGAUUGCUUACUGGACUAACUUCGCCAGAACUGGGGACCCCAACAGAGGAAACCUGAAGGUGCCUGUGACCUGGCCUGAAUUUACCAAUCCUGGACACCAGUUCCUGGACAUCAAUACUAAAAUGAACGAGAGCUCCAUUGGGCGGGAAAUGAGGCUUCGUUAUGUUCGCCUUUGGACCAGCACCCUUCCCAGCCUGCCAUCACAUGGUGUCACAGAUGCUUAG